AAGGGGCGGGCAGGCGGUGGGGGGACGGACGGACGGGGGACCCCGAGAGAGAAUCCCGGAGGCAGAAGUGAGCGAGGGGACGCGCCGGCAGAAAGGCCUUCUCCGUCGGAUGCGGCUGCUUGAAGAUCAAAGGCAAAACCGGAGCUCCCUUUGUGUGCCGUCCUAGGGAUCUUGCUGCUUCGCUCUUCUUCCCUUUGGGCUGAUUUUGGAACCCUGAACUGCCGUGGUGGAAGGAAGCAAAGCUCACCCGUCCCCUACUCUCCGAAGGGGGCUGGGCGGUCUCUUUUUUCCUGGGUGGAGAGAGCCUCGGAUAUUGGAACUAGCAUCCUUCCCAAACCUUUUUGUUUUGUUUUGUUUUGCUUGUUUUAUCCCCCCCCUUCGCUCUCCGGGUGGCUGUAAAUAAAAGUCCAGCAGAAAUAUCUAUAUCUAUAUAUAGUUUUUUGUUUUUUUUUUAAAGGAAGGGAACAAAUGCAAACCCUUCCUUUUCCUCCCUUCGUGAUUUUUUGGAUAAUGAUUUGUGCUAUAUCUUGCCGAUGGAUUUUGCCGGGUGAGGAUUUCUGGAUCGCCUUGUAGAAGAGAGGUCUCUUGGAUACAGGAUGGAUGAUCAGAAACCACCUGGUGAGGACAAAGACUCUGACACACCAGCAGCAGAUGGAAUUGUGUCCUUGGAGGAGCAGGGCAGCGUGGAAGCUGAUCCCUUGAAGCCACCGGAAGAAGGCCCUGCAAAAGAGGCGUUGGAAGAAGCGGAAGCGAAAGCAGAGCCACCCCCGACCUGCAGCUCCCCGCCCAAGCGCUGCGCAUUCUGCAACUGCAGCAAGUGGAGCCUUCACGGGCAGCGAGAGCUGUUGCGCUUCGAUCCGGCGCCUGGCUGGGCGGACGAGCUUUCGGAGCCGCAGGAAGGGAAGCAGCCUGGCUCGGCGGAGGCUGGAGGCGAUGACCUGACCCUGAUUGGCUUUGCGGAUGGUGUGGCAGUGCGAGAGGUGUUUGAGCCAACAGGUCACUUCUGGGCUCAUCACUGGUGCGUGGUGUGGUCGGCCGGAGACUUGCGUUCGGAAGGGUCAUGGUUGAGCCUCGUGAACAAAGCUGUCAUCUCAGGGAUUGCACAGAAAUGUGAACACUGUAAGAGACGGGGUGCUACCAUUCCGUGCCAUGCAGAGGGGUGCCAGCGCCACUAUCACUUCCCCUGCGCGGCGACUAGUGGCUGCUUCCAGUCUAUGAAGAGCUUGAAGCUCCUCUGUCCUGAGCACCUGGACCAGGCAGUACAGAUGGAGGACUCUCGCUGCAUGGUUUGCGAUGCCCCCGGGGAGUUGCGCGACCUACUCUUCUGCACUAGCUGUGGCCUGCACUACCACGGCGCAUGCUUGGAGAUCACGGUGACGCCACGCAAGCGCUCGGGCUGGCAAUGUCACGAAUGCAAAGUUUGCCAAACCUGCAGGCUGUCUGGGGAGGACAGCAGGAUGCUCGUGUGUGAAGCUUGCGAGAAAUGCUACCACACCUAUUGCUUGGAGCCAGCCAUCGAGAGCCUUCCCACCGACUCCUGGAAGUGCAAAAGCUGCCGUGUUUGUUCUGACUGUGGCUUCCGCCCUUCUGCCCUGGAUCCCAGCAGCCAGUGGUACGAGAACUACUCUCUCUGUGAAGGAUGCCAAGAGCAACGUCGCAAGAGCGCAAGUAGUACGGAGGCCGUACAGCACAGCCAGGAGCAAACUGCCCCAGCCAGCAGCAGCAGCAGCCUCGUCACAACAGAUAAGCCAGUGUCCCCCAAACCACUGGAGGAAGCAUGUGCAGCCAGCAAGGAGCAAGCGGAAAGCAGCUGCAGCAGCCCGGUCAGUUUGCACCAAGAAGAGCAGGUGCCUUUGGGUUGCGAUGAGAAACCGACUGAAGCAGACAAGCCGUUAGAGCUGUCCGAUGUUGAUCCGGAAGCCCCUGCAGGGCAGGAGCAGAUGGAAGUAGAGACGCUAUUAGAGCCUGAGAAGGCCCCCUCUCCGCCACCCCCUCCCCCAGUGCCACCAGAUCCAGCCUCACCCUCCCACCCCGAGGAGCCCCCGCUCGGUGCCAAAGAGCAUCCUUCUUUUGAGUUGCCGCCCGCAGAGCCAGAACCCACAGAGAGCCAUACUGAGGCGGCACCCCCAGCCCCGGAAGGGCAGGCCUCUCCAGCGAGCCCCCGGCCUGGCUCGCUCAAAGCCGCUUCCCCCCAAGCCGCCGAGGAAGGAGAAGCCCACGAGGAGCCCAUGGACACGGGGGCCGAGGGCCUGGCGCCGGACAGCCCCGCCGGCAGCCGAGUACAGCCUAGCCAAGAGGACGAAGAGGAGGAGGAGGAAGAAGAGGACGAGGAGGCCGGUGGGGCAGCUCCGGCGCCGAAGAUGGAGCUGGAGGAGAGAUUAUCCCCUCCGCUGAGCGAGGCGGAGGCUCCGGACGAGGACGGGCCUGCUGCGUUGGGGCCUGAGCCGCCCGAGGAGAGCUUCGCCCGCGAACCCAAGCGCUCCCCUUCGCCCGUGGAGGCGGAGUUGCUGGGGGGCACCCCGAUGGAGGCCUACGGGGCUGGCCACCAGCAGGAGGGAGGGGCGAGCGGGGAGGAGGAGGCUGGGCCGGCGCCCUUGAGGCCCCACCACCUGGUGAAGUCGGAUAUCGUGAACGAGAUCUCCAACCUGAGCCAAGGCGACGCCAGCAGCUUCCCAGGCUCGGAGCUCCAGUUCGCCUCGCCCUACCACGAAGGCGGCGGCUCCAUGUCCCUGGAGAUGGCCGGCCUGACCUCCACAGACGUCAGCCUCCAGAGAGACGACGGGGCUUCCUUGCCGCCGGGCGAGAUGGACGACUCCUUGCCUUUUGACAUGAAAGGGGAGUGUGAGAAGGGGCGGCGGCGGAGCUCCCCGGCCCGUUCCCGCGUCAAGCAGGGUCGCAGCAGCAGUUUUCCCGGGAGGAGACGGCCUCGGGGAGGGUCCCACACAGGCCGAGGGCGGGGCCGAUCACGGUUGAAAUCCACCACUUCUUCCAUCGAGACAUUGGCGCUCGCUGAUAUCGACAGCUCCCCGAGCAAGGAAGAUGACGAUGAUGACGAUGACACGAUGCAGAACACGGUGGUGCUCUUCUCCAACACGGACAAGUUUGUGCUGAUGCAGGAUAUGUGUGUGGUGUGUGGUAGCUUUGGCCGUGGUGCUGAGGGCCACCUCCUGGCGUGCUCCCAGUGCUCUCAAUGUUACCAUCCUUACUGCGUCAACAGCAAGAUUACCAAGGUGAUGCUGCUAAAGGGCUGGCGCUGCGUGGAAUGCAUUGUGUGCGAGGUUUGUGGCAAAGCGUCAGACCCGUCCCGCCUGCUGCUCUGCGAUGAUUGUGACAUCAGCUACCACACAUAUUGCCUGGACCCGCCUCUCAACACCGUGCCCAAGGGCGGCUGGAAGUGUAAAUGGUGCGUCUGCUGCGUGCAGUGUGGAGCAGUCUCGCCUGGCUUCCACUGCGAAUGGCAGAACAACUACACCCACUGUGCUCCCUGCGCCAGCCUUGUCACCUGCCCCAUCUGCCAUGUGAAAUAUGUGGAGGACGACCUCUUGAUCCAGUGCCAGCACUGUGAGAGGUGGAUGCAUGCCGUGUGCGACAACCUAUUCACGGAGGAAGAAGUCGAACAGGCAGCAGACGAAGGAUUUGACUGUACCUCCUGCCAGCCCUAUGUGGUCAAGCCCGUUGUUCCGGUCCCCCCUCCAGAAAUUAUUCCGGUGAAGAUCAAGGAGCCGGAGCCCCAGUAUUUUCGCUUUGAAGGCGUCUGGCUGACAGAGACGGGCAUGGCGGUGUUGCGGAACCUGUCCUUGUCGCCACUGCACAAGCGCCGCCCGCGCAAGACCCCAACGACACCGACGACACCACGGCCGCUGGGUGCACUCAAUGGCGAAGGUGUUCUGGAUGGGGUUGACCCCUUGGGCCCCGAAGAGAAAAAGGAGGGCGACGUGGAGGGAGACGAGAUCCUGAAAGCUGAAGUCAGCGUUGAACACAUGGAGUGCGAGAUCAAAUUGGAAGCCCCUGCUACCCCGGAGAGGGAAGCCGCAGCCGAGGCCGAUUUGGCGAAGGGUCUUCUGGAAGACUCUGAGGAGGUCAAGAAGCGGAAGCGGAAGCCAUAUCGCCCAGGUAUCGGAGGGUUCAUGGUGCGGCAGCGGAAAUCCCACACCCGCUUGAAAAAGGGCUCAGCCGCCUUGGCAGAAGCCUCUCGCGAGUCGACAGGUGCUGAGGGACAUCCAGAGGAGGGGGCUCAACCCAACCCACCUGCUGAAGUCCCCGCGGAGGGCAUCGCUGAGCAGGGAGUGGUUGAGGGUGACGAGAAGAAGAAACGGCGGGGCAGGAAGAAGAGCAAGCUGGAGGACAUGUUCCCUGCCUACCUUCAGGAAGCCUUUUUUGGAAAGGCCCUCCUAGACCUGAGCAGAAAGGCACUGCUGGCAGCCGGCGGUGUGGGUGGGGAUGGAACUGCCCACCCUCCCGUUGGCCAGGGGGCUCCCAGGCCCAAGGUGGAUUUCAGCAUGCUUCAGAAAGGACCGGUGGACGGGAAAGACCCUUCGGUUCAGCCCAAAGGGGAUGAAUGUGUUGACAGCAGGGAGGCAGUAGCCCCAGAAAACAACUUGAAAACCGCUGAUGCCAAGACUGAAAAUACCGGCACAGAAGAGCAGAUGGUGCCCAAGACCUCUCCAGACCCUACAGGUGCCGAGAACCCAGCCACACCCCCGGGGGAGGGGGUGCUCAGCUCCGACCUUGACAAAAUCCCCACUGAAGAGCUGCCCAAAAUGGAGAGCAAGGACGUCCAGCAGCUCUUCAAAGACGUCCUGGGGUCUGCAGAGCGAGAGCAGCAACAGCAGCAGCAGCAGCUCAACUGCAUUGGGGCGGAAGCGGAGGCCGGAGGCCUUCGGGACCCGAGCCGCUCGCAGCUGGGCCAGAGGCCUUUCCUGCAAGGUGGCGCCGGGGUCUCCCUUGGGCCCCUUCAACCCGCUGUGCCGAUGGAGACCUACUCAGGGGUUUGCCAGUCCCCAUUUCUUGAUAGCAGGGAGAGGAGUGGCUUCUUUAGCCCCGAGCAGUGUGAGCCAGAGAGCCCUUGGGCCAGCAGCUCUGCGGCGUCCACCCCCACCACGCCCACUACGGAGGGGGAGAGCGACGGGCUGUCGUACAACCAGCGGAGCUUGCAGCGCUGGGAGAAAGAUGAAGAGCUGGGAGAGCUCUCCACCAUCUCGCCCGUCCUCUAUGCCAACAUGAACUUCCCCAACCUCAAGCAAGACUACCCAGAUUGGUCCAGUCGUUGCAAGCAGAUCAUGAAGCUCUGGAGAAAGGUGCCGGCCCCAGACAAAGCCCCAUACUUGCAAAAGGCCAAAGAUAACCGGGCAGCCCAUCGCAUCAACAAGGUGCAGAAGCAAGCCGAGAGCCAGAUCAACAAGCAGACCAAAGUCGAGGUGCUGCGCAGGCCAGACCGGCCGGCCCUACACUUGCGCAUCCCGCCCCAGCAGGGGGCGCUGCCCACCGCGGCCUCCCAGCCGCCUCCUCCGCCUCCGCUGCCCCCUCCUCCUCCCGCCGCCUCUGUGCCAGGGCAGCCGCUCUACGUCAGCAACGCCGCAGCUCUGCCCAGCGGGUCCGGCGGCGUCGAGUCGCCCAGCGAGCUCUUCCUCAAGCUCCCCUCUUCUGCCGCCAGUGCCCAGCCCCCAGCUCCAGUGCCUUUGCACGAGCCCUACGGCGUGGCCUGCCCCCCGCCGGAUUCAGGUUUCCCCUCUCCCUCCUCGGUGGGCCAGAGCCCGACAGUGCCUGCUGGCUUUGCUUCGUCCUCGUCCUCCUCAUCCUCCUCUUCCAACGGACAGUCUCCGCUCCUGCCGAACCCUCGCCCGGCCCCGCAGCCCGGGGACUUCCAGCCCACCCCUCCGGGGACCCCGAGGCACCAGCCCUCCACGCCAGACCACUUCCUCAAGCCCCGCUGCCCCACCGGGUCCUUGGAGAACCUGUCGGUGCCCGGUAGCCCUCAGCGGGCUGCCCUCCUGCUCUCGCCUCCGCCUUUUGGGGAACUGAAGAAAGGGUUGGACAUCAAGAAGGAAGAGGCCGGGCCGGGGAUCUGCUCCCCCAGCUACGGCUGCAGCUACGGCGACUCGCCGUCCGGUGCUCACCACCUGGCCGAAAUGAAGGCUCCGGAUGUUUUCAAGGCCCCGCUCACUCCCCGCCAGUCUCAGGUCGAGCCGCAGAGCCCGGGCUUGGGGCACCGGCCUCCCGACGCCCACCCUCUGGCCGCGUCUCCCCCCAGCCAGGCCGACCUCUACCGCCAGUCGCCGUACCCGGACCCCUACGCUCAGCCUCCCCUGACGCCGAGGCCUCAGCCCCCACCCCCGGAAAGCUGCUGUGCCCUGCCACCCCGCUCCUUGCCCUCCGACCCUUUCUCACGCGUCCCCGCCAGCCCCCAGUCCCAGUCCAGCUCCCAGUCUCCCCUCACACCCCGGCCACUCUCCAAUGAAGCCUUCUGCCAGUCCCCGGUGACCCCCCGCUUCCAGUCCCCGGACCCCUACUCCCGCCCCCCUUCACGGCCGCAGUCACGGGACCCCUUCGCGCCCCUGCACAAACCCCCUCGCCCCCAGAUGCCGGAGGCCGGCUUCAAGCCCAUGCCUGGCUCCCAUAAUACCCUUGCCACUGGGGGCUUCCCGGCAGGGCCGCCCUCCUCCGAAGCCCCCCCUAAGCCCGGCCCGCAGCCCCAAUUCGCUCGCUCCCCUGGGGCAAGCGUCUUCCCGAGCACUCAGGCCCAGCAGAUGCGCUUCACCUUCCCUCCCAGCGAACCGCUCAAGAGCUCCCCUUCCCACGGCAUCAACAGCCAUUUUGCCCCCGGCAAGCCCCAGAGCACAAGCUACGUCUCCUCACCGGGGUUCCACCAAGCUGGGAGCCCCCUCGGCCCCAGCAAGGGCACCGCAGACUCCUACAACGUCUCUCCGCUGCGCCCGCCCUCAGCUCUGCCCCAGCCGCCACCACCUCAACAAGAUGGCGCCUUGGCCUACCUGCCGCGGACAGGCCUGGUGCCUUCAGGCGACAAGAGGGAAGAGGGAGCGGUCGGAGCCGCCAACCGGGAGCUGCAGGAACUGCCGGCCAGCCAGGAGGGGACGAUGGGCAGCAAUGCCACCCAGACAGAGAUGGAGAAAGUUCGGCAGCGGCAGAGACUCCGCGAGUUCCUCAUCCGCCAGCAGAUCCAGAGGAACAACUUGAGGCAAGAGAAGGAAAGUGCAGCCGCAGCGGCCAACAACGCCCAGGCGUCGUGGAACCCGGAGGGUGGCGGGCAGGCCUUUGAGCAGAUGAACCGGAGCAUGACUCCUUAUCCAACAGUGCAGGACAAAGGAAUGCUUGGCAGCUUGGGGGGCACGCCAGCGGGGAGCAAACUUCCCAGUGGAGUGAUGGGGCAAGGGCCCUACGUGCAGGACGAGCGACUUGCCCGCCCCCCUCCAUCAGCGACCCCUUCUACCAUGGAUAUCAAUGGCAGGUCUUCAGUGGCUGCCGCGCAGCCAUUUUAUCCCCGCGGUGUCUUCCAAGCCCCGUCUCCACAGCAGCAGAUGUGGCAGCAGCAGCAGCAACAACAACAGCAGCAGCAGCAGCAGCAAGCUGUGUCCAUGCGUCUCUCUGUCCCUUCGCGCUUCCCCCAGCCCCCCACCCAAGACUUGAGCCGGCAAGCCCUAGCAGGCCUUGCCCCACGCCUGCCAGGCCCCGGAGAACAGAUUCAAGCCUCGAGCGGCGCUCUGGGAGCCCAGUUCAUUGAGCUGAGGCACAACAUCCAGAAGGGAGUUCUUGGGAGCGGUGCGGGGCCCACCUUUGUCCAGCAGAACCCACAGGCUCGAACCAGAUUCUUCAUACCUGGGAACGAUGGUGCCAGCCAGGCUUUGAAAUCUCCCGUUAUGCCCAUGCAGGCUCCUGUCCUGGGAAGCCAAGGCCUGCAAGCCCAGAAGAUGUCUGUCCCUAUAUCAUCCUCUCCUCAGCAGGGGGCAGAGAUGAGCAACAACCACCACCCCCACGCCAAGGCUGUGUCCCAGUUGAUCCUGCCCCCUGGAAACUUGGAGAUGCAACACAUCCCGCCGCGACCACUCUCCUCGUCCGGCCCUAAAGAUGUGCCCAUUACCUCAGCUGCCACUGACGCUGCCCCAGCUGCUGGCAGGAAUCAGCUAGGCCUGGCCGGCAGGCAGCUGCCCUGUGAGGUGCCGGUGGAGCCGGACUUAGACGACGACUUUGAUUCCCACAAAGACCUGGAGGAGGACGAUGACGACUUGGCCAACUUGAGCCUGGACCCGGACGUCGCCAAAGGCGACGACGACCUGGGGAACCUGGAUAACUUGGAAACCAACGACCCUCAUCUCGACGACCUGCUGAACGGAGAUGAGUUUGACUUGUUGGCCUACACCGACCCGGAACUGGACACCGGGGACAAGAAGGACAUCUUCAAUGAGCACCUGCGCUUGGUGGAGUCGGCCAACGAGAAGGCCGAGCGGGAAGAUCUGCUCAAGAAGGAGCCCUCGGCCGGACCCUACCUCAAGGAAACGCCCUCAGCCGGCGUCGGGAAGCCGGGUGAGCCAAGGACGCCAUCGUUGCCCAGAGAUGAGGUACCCAAGGCGAAAGAAGGGCUCGGCCUGCUCCACGUUCCCUGCCCAUCCUCUGCCUCAGGGGUGCCCCCGCCCUCCCCCAUCCUUUCAACACUCAAGGCCCACAGCGACGUGCUGGAUAGCAAGCUGGUCAGCCUGCCGGCCGAUAUCAAACCCAAGAUAGAGGAAGGCUGCCUGAAGCCGUCGCCUUGCCAGUUCAACACCGGCGCCCCAGAGAAGCUUCCUAUCAAGUCUGAAGGGGCCGAGAAAAUGGCAGCCGCCUUGGCGGUCAACAUCAAGCCCGGCCAGGGCCUCAUGAGCCCCGGCGGAGUCCGGCUGGGCAUGACGUCGUUCCACGGCAACAGCCACGCUUCCAUCUCCGACAAGGUCCUCUACGGUGCCCCCGGCCGGCCGCCGCUGGUCCCCGUGCAGAUGGCCAACCCCGGCAACUCCAUCCUGGAGAAGUUUGAGCUGGACGGAGGGCCCCUGAGCCUGGCCAACGCUCAGCAGCACUCUCCGGCCGACGACCUCGACAAGAUGGAGAGCUCCCUGGUGGCCAGCGAGCUGCCUCUGCUGAUCGAGGACCUUCUGGAGCACGAGAAGAAGGAGCUGCAGAAGAAGCAGCAGAUGUCGGCCCAGAUCCCUGGGGGCUCCCAGCAGCACCUCCAAGCUCACACCAUGUUGGCUCACUCGGCUCCCCCUCCCCAGUCUCACGACGGGCAGUUGGUGAGCUCCCAGCAGCAGCUGCAGUUGGGCAUGGUGGCCAGGCAGCAAGGGAUGGUGGCCAGCCAGCAGUUGAUGCAGCAGCAGCAGCAGCAGCAGCGACUGGCUGGUCCCCAGCAAAGUCAAGUCCUGGCCCCGCAUAUGGGCGUGGCUCAGAACCAGGCUCACAUGCUUGCCGCCCAACAUAGCAUCCAGGCAGCACAUGGCCAGCAGAACCAACAGCAGGUCUUGGCCCAGAAGCCCAUGCCGGGCGUCCAGCAGCAACAGCAACAGAUGAUGGGGCUCAAGCCGCAGCAAGUCGUGAUGCAACAACAACAGCAGCAGCAGCAGCAAUUGGCUAACAGCUUCUUCCCAGAUACAGAUCUGGAUAAAUUUGCUACCGAGGACAUCAUGGACCCCAUCGCCAAGGCCAAGAUGGUGGCUCUGAAGGGUAUCAAAAAAGUCAUGGCGCAGGGCACUAUUGGAGUGGCUCCGAGCAUGAAUCGGCAACAAGUCUCCUUGCUGGCUCAGAGAUUGUCCGGAGCAUCGUCUUCAUCUGAAAUGCAGAACCACAUCCUGCCUGGCUCUGGAGGACAGGAACGGAGCAAUGACCCAGCACAAGCUCGACCAAACCCACCCACUUUUGCACAAGGUGUCAUCAAUGAAGCUGAUCAGCGCCAGUACGAAGACUGGCUCCUCCAUACGCAGCAACUCCUCCAGAUGCAGCUGAAGGUGCUGGAGGAGCAGAUAGGGGUUCACCGCAAGUCCCGCAAGGCCCUGUGCGCCAAGCAGCGGACGGCGAAAAAGGCCGGCCGGGAAUUCCCCGAGGCUGAUGCUGAGAAGCUCAAGCUGGUGACGGAGCAGCAAAGCAAGAUUCAGAAGCAGUUGGAUCAGGUUCGGAAGCAGCAGAAGGAACACACCAACCUCAUGGCUGAGUACCGCAACAAGCAGCAGCAGCACCAGCAGCAAAGCUCCGCCGUCUUGGCCCUCAGCCCCUCGCAAAGCCCCCGCCUGAUGGCCAAGCUCCCCGGCCAGCUCCUCUCCGCGCACGGCCUCCAGCCGGGGCCGCAGGGCCUAGCAGGCCAGGCCGGCUUGCGCCUCCCUCAGGCCGCCGCCAUGGCUGUGCAGCAGGGCUUGCCCUUUAUGGGAGGACAGCAGCAGCAGCAGCAGCAGCAGCAGCCAUCGGGCGCUUCGGCCCCCAACAGCUUCUUCUCCAGCAACCGCCUGUUGCAGGAGCGGCAGAUGCAGCAGCAGCGGCUGCAGCUGGCGCAGAAGCUGCAGCAGCAGCAGAACCUCAUAGGGCAAGUGUCCAUGCAGCAGCAGCAGCAGCAGCAGCAAAGCCACAUGGGACAAAUGGCGAUGCAGCAGCAGCAAAGCCUUAUGGGGCAGAUCUCGGUGCAGCAGCAGCAGCAAAGCACAAUGGGUCAGGUGGGCUUGAUGAGCCAGCCCCCGCCUCCGCCACCCACGCCCCAGCCGAGCCAGAAUCUGCUCUCCAAGCAGCAAGGGCUGCUGGGAAACCAGGCGGGAGUCCUGGUCCAGCAGCUCUCUCCGCAGCAGCAGCAGCAGCAGCAGCAAGCCAUGCUGGGACACUCAAUGCUGCAGCAUCAGGGCAUGAUGGGGCACCCUGCUUCCCAGAGGCAAAUGCUGUUGGCCCCACAGCAGCAGGGUCAGCAGCACCGAGUGCCUCAGCAGCUGGUGCAGCAGGCGCAGGGCAUGAUGGGGCAUCGGCUGCUUUUGUCACCACAGCAGCAGCAGCAGCAGCAGCCAGGGCUUCUCGGGCAGCAGCAGAGGACAUUGCUGAGCCAGCAACAGCACCAGCCGCUCCUGGGCCAGGGGCCGGCUUCCCAGCAGGGCGUGGGCGCCGAACCUCUCCAGCACUUUGCGCAGCACGGGUCUCUGAACCAGCAGCUGCACUCCUCGACUCAGGGAAUGCAGCCAGCCCAGCAGCAGCAACAGCAGCAGCAGCAGCAGGGGUUGGCUGUCAAGGAGCAGCAAGGAGGGCCAGAAGGCGGCACGGCCAUGCUGCCUCCCGAAGGGGCGGACGGUGCAUUGCAACAGCAGCUAAGACCCCACAUGGUGGGCCCAGAGAUGGGAGGGCAGCUGCAGAUGAGCACUCAAGAGCAGCAGCAGCAGCAGGGGCUGACCGGCCACGGGACUCCUCUUCCGGAGCAGCCGUCUCAGCUGAUGCUCCAGCAGCACGGGGAGCAGCAGAAGCAGUCGGCUGAGCUGGGCCAAGCCCAGCACUUGCUCUUGGGCCCCCAGCAGCAGAACAUGCUGGGCUCCCUGCAGCUACGGAUGCAGCAGCAGCAGCAGCAGCAGCAGCAGCAAAACAGCCACUUGCAGCAGCAGCAGCAGCAAAACAGCCACCUGCAGCAGCAGCAGCAGCAAAACAGCCACCUGCAGCAGCAGCAGCAGCAGCAACAACAACAACAACAACAGAACAACCUCCUCCAGCAGCCAUUGCGUUCUCACCUGCCUAUAGACGGCAUUCUGCAGCAAGAGCUGUCGCAGCAGCAGCAGCACCAUCGAGAUGCAACUCAGGGCCCCCACUUGCUCAACCAGCAGAUGGAGCAGCAAGGCCAAGUGCAAAGGAUGAUAGGACAGAACCUGGAGCAGCCUUCCAAAGGUUUGCUGGGACAGCACCACCUCCAGCAGCAACAGCAGCAGCAACAGCAACAACAGCAACAAUGCCUUCAGAGCCCAGCCGGGCCCUCGAAAACACCGGGGCUGAUGAUGCAGCAGCAGCAACAACAACAACAAAGCAUGAUGGUGCAGCAGUCCUCCCCGCAAGGCCAAAGCAUCCUGUCCAGCCCUGUGAUGGGCCAGAUCCGUGCCCAGCUGCAGGGCGUCAUCUCCAAAAACCCUCAGCUGCGGAACCUGACUCCGCAGCAGCAGCAGCAGCUGCAGGCCUUGCUAAUGCAGAGGCACCAGCAGAACCUGCUGCAGCAGCAACAGCAGCAGCAGCAGAACCAGGCGCUGCGGCAAGCCAGCCCCUACCCGGGGCAGGCGGCCCCAGAGCAAGGCCAGCAAGCUGCUCAGCACCUCUCCCUGCCGGGCGCUGCCGGGCAGCAGCCGCAAAGGCAGCCGCCCCUGGCGGUCUUCCAGAUUCGUCCGGACCAGGGUUUCGGUGCCUCAGUGGAGCAGCAGCAGCAGAGGGUCCCGGUGAGCCAGCAAUCCGCUGUCUGUCCCCAGCAGCAGGGGAUGGUGAGGCUCCCCACCCCUCAGGCUCCCUCUGUCCCCUUGAGCGUUGCCGGCAUGGCAUCUGGGCAGCAGACGCCACUGCAGGCACAGCAGCAUCCGAGCCCUCCAGAGCCAAAGAGACCGUCUCCUUUGCUCUUGGCUAAAAGCCCUGAGCAGCAGCAGACUCCCACCCAGAGGCACCAGCCUGCUACUCCCAGCUCCCUGCUGCUCUCCACCCCAACACCCCCAAGCGCGGGAGAAGUGACUCCCGGGACGUGCAGCCUCCGAGACUCCGAGUGCCCCACCACCAAAGAGGCCGCAGAGACCGGCACGGCCAACGGGCAGGCGGUGGAAGCUGCUUCUCCCUUGGCGGGAAGGGUUCCCCCACCGCCAGGAGACCUUCCCCUUGUUUGCAUCAAACAGGAGCCCAAGGAGGAAGCCUCCCAGUGCGCCCUGAUGAGCGGAACCCAGCCCGUCAAGCGGGAGGCGAACGGGGACCCUGUCUCGGCCCCUGCCGCUCCCGCGACCACCAACAGCCUCACCCGCACCGAAGCCGGGCACCUCUUGCUGCAGAAGUUGCUGCGGGCCAAGAACGUCACUCUUGGGACGCAGCGCUCGGGCGACGUCAACGGGCAUGUGGAUGGCAAGAUCGCCGGGGCGGAGGGCCGGUUGCAGCCGGUGCCAGAUGUGCGAGAGGACGCGCUGGCAGCCAAGAAGCCCCCGCCGCCGAAGCCCAAGCGGUCCCAGAAAGCUGGGGAGCGAGUCGCCAACUCUCGCAAGAAGCUACGCAAAGAGGAUGGAGUGAAAUCCAAUGAGGCCCUGAUGAAACAGCUCAAGCAGGAGCUGUCCUUGCUGCCUCUGAUGGAGCCUGUCAUCACAGCCAACUUCAACCUCUUCCCCCCCUUUGGGAGCAGCCCGGUCAAUGGCAAGAGCCAGCUGAAGGGCUCCUUUGGUAACGCCGCCUUGGACAGCAUUCCGGACUAUUACUCCCAGCUGCUCACCAAGAACAAUCUGAGCAACCCGCCAACCCCACCUUCUUCGCUGCCUCCCACACCGCCCCCCUCGGUGCAGCAAAAGCUGGUGAACGGGGUCCUGUCUUCCGAGGAACUGACGGAGCAGCCCAAGGAGCCGGUGCUGCCCCACGAGCACGAAGGGCAAAAGGAUGCUCCCCCUGUGGAAGUGAAAAGCUUAGAUCUCCUCGCAGCUCUGCCCACACCGCCACACAACCAGACCGAGGAUGUCAGGAUGGAGAGUGACGAGGAGAGCGACUCCCCCGACAGCAUCGUCCCAGCCUCAUCCCCCGAGAGUGUCCUGAGCGAAGAGGUGCCACGCUUUCCCCUGCUGUCCGGAGCCAAGCCGGAAGUGGAAGAGAGACCCCUCUCUCCAGUCAUCCCCAUCAUCCCAAAGGCCAGCAUCCCAGCUUUCCCAGAUGCCAAGCCUUACGGGACCUUGGAGCAAGCGGGAAAGGGGACUCCAGGCACGUCCUGGGAGAAAGCCAAGGGCAGCGAGGUCUCUGUCAUGCUCACUGUCUCUGCAGCUGCCGCCAAGAACCUGAACGGUGUCAUGGUGGCCGUGGCAGAGCUGUUGAGCAUGAAGAUCCCCAGUUCUUACGAAGUGCUGUUUCCGGACAGCCCCAUGCGGGCUGCUGCCAGCGAGCCCAGAAAAGUCGAUGCUGAUGCGCAGGGCAAAGAGAAGCCAGCGGCUCCCAAGGGCCCCGAAGGAGGGCCAGAAUGGCUGAAGCAGUUUGAUGCAAUGCUGCCUGGCUACAGUCUCAAGAACGAGCUGGACAUCUUGACGCUGCUCAAACAGGAGAGUCCCACCCCGGAAAAGGCCGCCCAGCACUGCUACAUCAACAACGUUGCCAACCUGGAUGUGCGGCAGCUGCUGACCCUUCCCGAGGAACCCUCUCCGCCCCUCUCCCCCUUCGCGCCCUCCCCGCCCAGCCCCCCCAGGGUCCCCGAGCCGGUCCCCGAGCCCGAAGCGCCGCCCUUGCCCGCUCCGUCCCCUCCGCCGCCCCCACCCUCCUCCCCCAAGGAGGAAGCCCCCCAGUCCCCGCCCAAAGCCAAGCCCCGCUCGCGGCCCCUGGAAGACGGCGAGGAGAACAAGCCGCGCCUGAAGAAGUGGAAGGGGGUGCGCUGGAAACGGCUGCGCUUCCUCAUCACCAUCCAGAAGGGCGGCGCCAAGCGGGACGGGGACCGGGAGAUCGCGGACUUUGUCGAGCGCCUGGCCGCCACCCUGCGCCCCGACAAAGUGCCCCGGGACUUGCGGAAGUGCUGCUUCUGCCACGAGGAGGGUGACGGCGCCACCGACGGGCCGGCGCGCCUGCUCAACCUGGACCUGGACCUCUGGGUGCACCUCAACUGCGCCCUGUGGUCCACAGAGGUCUACGAGACCCAGGGCGGGGCUCUCAUCAACGUGGAGGUGGCGCUGCACCGGGGCCUGCUCACCAAGUGCACCCUCUGCCAGAAGACGGGCGCCACCAACAGCUGCAACCGCAUCCGCUGCCCCAACGUCUACCACUUCGCCUGCGCCAUCCGGGCCAAGUGCAUGUUCUUCAAGGACAAGACCAUGCUCUGCCCCAUGCACAAGCUCAAGGGCCCCUGCGACCAGGAGCUGAGCACCUUCACCGUCUUCCGGCGCGUCUACAUCGAGCGCGACGAGGUCAAGCAGAUCGCCAGCAUCAUCCAGCGAGGCGAGCGCCUCCACAUGUUCCGGGUGGGGGGCCUCGUCUUCCACGCCAUCGGGCAGCUGCUGCCCCACCAGAUGGCCGACUUCCACAGCGUCACGGCGCUCUACCCGGUGGGCUACGAGGCCACCCGCAUCUACUGGAGCCUGCGCACCAACAACCGGCGCUGCUGCUACCGCUGCACCAUCUGCGAGAACAACGGCCGGCCGGAGUUUGUGGUGCAAGUCAUGGAGCAGGGCUUGGAGGACUUGGUCUUCACGGACUCCUCGCCGCAGGCGGUAUGGAACCGAAUCAUCGAACCGGUGGCCUUGAUGCGCAAGGAAGCGGACAUGCUGAGGCUCUUCCCCGAAUAUCUCAAGGGAGAAGAGCUCUUUGGCUUGACGGUGCAUGCUGUGCUGCGAAUUGCGGAGUCUCUGCCUGGUGUUGAGAGCUGCCAGAACUACAUGUUCCGCUAUGGGCGCCACCCACUCAUGGAGCUUCCACUCAUGAUCAACCCCACUGGCUGCGCCCGGUCGGAGCCCAAAAUCCUCACGCACUACAAACGGCCCCACACUCUGAACAGCACCAGCAUGUCCAAGGCCUACCAGAGCACGUUCACGGGCGAAACCAACACGCCGUACAGCAAGCAGUUUGUGCACUCCAAGUCCUCCCAGUACCGCCGCCUCAAGACGGAAUGGAAGAACAACGUCUACCUGGCCCGCUCCCGCAUCCAAGGGCUCGGCCUCUACGCUGCAAAGGAUAUAGAGAAGCACACGAUGGUCAUUGAGUACAUUGGCACCAUCAUCCGCAACGAGGUGGCCAACCGGAGAGAGAAGAUCUACGAGGAGCAGAACCGAGGGAUCUACAUGUUCCGUAUCAACAAUGAGCACGUCAUUGAUGCCACACUGACAGGUGGCCCUGCCAGGUACAUCAAUCACUCCUGCGCACCCAACUGUGUGGCUGAGGUGGUGACUUUUGACAAGGAGGACAAGAUCAUAAUCAUCUCGAGUCGCCGGAUACCUAAGGGAGAGGAGCUGACCUACGACUACCAGUUUGAUUUUGAAGACGAUCAGCACAAAAUCCCGUGCCAUUGUGGAGCCUGGAACUGCAGGAAAUGGAUGAACUAAACCCCAAGGAGGCUCUUCGGACAAAGCAAAGGGGGAGACCCCGACUGCUCGGCACAAGAGGCUCUGCACAGAGAGGAGGUGCUGCUGCUGUACCCGCUCUUCCAACCCUCCUGCGGCGCAGGGAAAUCACCCGGGGGGGGGGGGCAAAACGAGGCAUGUUUGGAAGCCACCAACAUGCUGGUGGGGCAGCUGGGGCCCAAGGCAAGAGAGGGGGGGUGUCGUCAGCAUAUCUGCCACUGCUUGCCAGUCUUGGCUAUGGUAUUAUCAUCAAGCUGGCUGCUUUUGGCUGCCAGGCUCGGCGGCCUCUUCUUCCAGACAAGGCGACCUGCUUCUCCCCAGCAGAAAGGAACAGCCACUAAGCAGCCCCAUCUGGGGCGGGGAACUGACAAACUGGCAACUCAGGGUUUUCUUUUAGUUUUUCUUUUGCUUUUUUUAAAAAUAAAAAUAAAUUCUUUCGAGGCCGAAAUGGGGAGCGCCCUUCCGCCCCCGUGCACCUGUAAAUAACGGGCUUCAGAAAUACUAUACUGGGAGGAGACGGGCAUUCUUUCUAGCAGAGCUGGGGGAAGCAGGGCUGCAGCAUGGCAAUUGGACCCCCCGGGGAAGAAUUUGUAAUUCCCUCUCCCCACCCCCUUGUGUGUGUGUGUGUGUGUUUCUUUAAGGAAUUUUUGUGUGCGAGAGAGAUUUCUUCUUCUUUUUUUAAAAGUCUACUAUCUAUUGCUUGCUAAUCUACCAAGGUAAACAAGAGGCUUCAAAGAGACUCAUUAGCUUGACAAUCCACCUUCCAGAGCCCACUGCCCCCGCCCCCCAGCUCUGGAUUUUGUAUACAUUUAAAUGUCAGAUUUGAAGGGGGGGGAGAGAAAGUGUGUGUAAAUAACGUGCUUUUUUUUGGAGAGAGAAAAAAGUACUUUUUUCCCAGCGGAAAGCAGGUGUCGGCUUGCCGAAGCUGGAAACAGGCCCUUCCUCUGCCCCACCCUGCCCAUCCUCCCUGCGCGAGGAGCAUUCGCACUUGAACCUACCUCAUUUGAAGUGUUAGACUUUGCUAUUUUCUGUUUUCUAAUGUGAGCCCCUCGCUGUGCCACCCUUCUGCUUUUUGAGCCCUCUUCCCUAAGUACGGAGAGCCACAGCUCCCCUGGCAGACAUGGGAAUGCGUUUCCAGGAGGUGGGAAACUUUUUUAUUAUAUCUGGGGUCGUUCCUCUUUCCCCCCCACAAAACCCUCAAACCAAAAACAGUACCCAGUCGCCUGACAACCUUCCAGACUGAAUUGCUGAACCGAGCGCUGUCCGCUUUCCCGCCCCAACAACCAAGAAGGGGGCAGGGGACCCCAUAAGGCUUUGAAUGUGCCAACGUGAUGGAGAACGCAAGAUCUCCUGGUCCGGCAGAUGCCAAUCUCAGCACAUCUCUCCCGUAGAGCCCAACCCAUUUUGCCGAUGAGGGAAGGGGGGGGAAGAGUGCUUGACGAGAGAGCCGAUGGCUAAGGGGGCCCAGCUGUGAUAUUUGGGGUUGGGGGAAGAGUUGGCCAAACCCGUUGCCCUAGAGACCCCCAGUUCCCAAUUGUUUCCCAUGAUCAACUUGCUGCUCUGAAGACUCUCUUAUGUUUGUAUGUGUGCUUGUGUGCGUGAGAGAGAGAGAUGUUGGCACAUUGCAGAGUUUGGGAUUAUUUAUCUAUUUAUAUAUAUUGUGUAUAUAUUUGAACUAGCAUGGGGAAGAAUGCUCUGGCUGCCGGGUUUUCCUCGACUGCCGGGUGGGUCUCCACAGGCCACCCCGUUUCCCCUCCACUGGGCAGGAAGGAACUAGAGGGGAGAACGUGUUUAUGGACAAAACGUAGGGUGGGAAGGGGAACAUGUAAAGAGCCCGUUUUUUAUGCUUUCUCUCUGUGUAUAUAGAUGACUAUUUUUCCUUUUCCUUUUUAAAGAAGAAAUCAAUUUAUAACCAGUAUCUUGAGAGCCAUCUGCCUAGCGCCAUCUCCUCCCCCCCCCAAAACGUAGGGAGAUUCUGUAUUAAUAGAAGGCAAAAUGUGGGCAUUAUACAGGGGAGACACACACACACAACCCGGGGGAAAAGAAACCCACACACAGGUUCUCCCUGCUGUUGAAAUGACUUUGCAAGAUAGCUGUACCCUUGAACCUAAGUUGGUAUUGUGGGGAGGGGGUGAGAGUUGCAGGGUCUUUACUGAUAAGGCUCUCUCGACUUAACUUUGUACAGUUGAGGCCUUUUAACGCACAAUUGCACCAUUUCCCCUCUCCCACACCCCCAAAAAACACUAUAACACACUCUCUCUCUCUCCAAAUGCCUGUAAGAGUGGCAUUGAGUGAUUAACCGAGGCCACAUCUCAUAUUCUCUCGCCUGAUCCAACAGACAAGGCAGAGAGAGAACGUGGCAAUAAGACUUUCAUAGCGGGGGCAAGGUGGGGCACGUAAAAUCAGGGUUUGUGUGUAAGAAUAUCUUUUUUUUGAACUUGUUGGCAAGGUGAGAACCAUGUUCUUGAGUGAAAAAGCUGCUUCUGCUAACCGUUCAAAGCUAUGACGGUUUAAAACAGUGGGGGGCUGGGGUAGGGAAAUUUCAAAUAUUAAAAGUAGUAAUUAAAAUUGUAUAUAAGAUGGCAUUUGUGUAGAGAAGGGGGGGGAGUUUUUAUCAGUAACAAAACCACUGGACAUUGUUUGAAAAUAAAGGUUUGAGUUAAAGCCAGUAUGCAUUUUUUUUUGUCUCUUCGGAUUUGUUUUGUGUGUCAUUUCCAUUAAUUUGGAAGGCUGUAAAGAUGUAAAAAAAAAUAAAUUUUAAAAAUUGCUACAAAGGUUUAAAAGCUUGAGAGAGAUUUUAAAAAAAUGAUAAAGUGACUGAAUAUAAUAGAUUGUCAAGAUUUUUUUGGAUGACGGUUAAGAGUUUAAGAUAAUCCUGUAGAUUUUAGCUGAUGAAGAAAGACUAUACAGUUUUUAAUUUUUAUAUAAACUAUAACCCGGUCUUGAAGCUAAAACUUUUUUAAAGUUCUCUGCCUGUAUAAUCGCAUUUGACGCCUUGUCCCAUACUUCUGUUUACAGUUGCACAUAUUAUAUAUAUUAAGUUUUAACCCUUUUAUGAACCCAAAAUAAUCACUUUUUUAAAAAAUAAAGUGUGGACUUUGUGAGGAAUUAUA